AUGAAGGUUCUUACAUUAAAUUUUCUGACCUGCGCGGUCAAGACGUGCAAGGCCUCGUCCGACUCAUUUCCGCUGCACCCCAAAGACGCAGAGCUCGCUAGCGAUGAUGUCGAGCUCAACCCGCAGUUGUUAGUCAAUCUAUUGCCCCGCAUUGACUGGAAUGCGCUGCGAACAACAUCGACGGAGCUGGGCUUCCCUCAGCUGCCCGAGCAGCCACCAACUGCCGAGGAGCUACAAGCCGAUGAGAAGAUGCUCAAGGACCUACAUACGCUCCUGAUGGAGACGCAACUCAUGGAGGGCAAGCUGGUUUGUGGGCACUGUGGGCACGAGUACGCAGUACGAGAAGGGAUUGCAAACUUUCUCUUGCCCAGUCACCUAGUAUGA